UAAAAGUAGAACUGUUUUAAAUAAGAUUGAAGUUUUUUAAGUGAAUUUAAGCUCGUCUUCAACAUGAAACUCUUGAUCGUUCUCAUCAUCUACAGCACAUCAGCUUUUGCUGGUCCUUUGUCUCCAAAUGAAGCAAACUUUGUCAAAUCAGUGUGGGAUCAUGUCAGACACAAUGAAACUGACAUGUUCUGUUCAAUUUUAAAUCAAUUUCCAGAUAUCCAAGCUAAAUUUCCUCAAUUUGAAGGAAAGGAUCUAAACAGCAUCAGAAACACAACUGAAUUUAUUACACAAGCUGUAAGAACCUUUACGUUCUUCUCGAAUAUUAUCGAUCUCUCUGAUAAUCCAGUAAAUAUUCCUACAAUUACUAUUCUUCUUAAAAAUUUGGGAGUCAGCCAUAGAAGAUAUGGAGUUACAACAGCACAAAUGAAUGAGUUUAAUUAUGGAAUUGUUUCAUAUUUAAAUGUCAGUUUCAAUACUAAUCCUAAUAAUUCAUGGAAUGAUGUUGUCGCAGCUGCUUGGACUAAUGCUCUUGAUAAUAUUUUUGGUUCUGUUUUUCAAAAUCUUUAAACAACUUUAACCCAUAACCCGAAUAACACGAGUCGGUUAAUCGAAUAAAAAUCCGGAGCCUACCCGACAUGAAUCAAGAAUGGUGUGUGAUUUAAAUCCAGGACCAUGCCAGAGUCACACCAGCUUAGUGCCGGAUUUCUGUUUGAUUAACCGACUUGUGCCAUUCGGGUAAGCCAAUAAAGUGAAUAAAUUGUCAAACUGUCAUUAAACCUU